AAUACGAAAAACAUUAAUUAUGGUGUGUAGACAAACUAAAAUUGUUUAAAUUGGAAAAAGUUCACAUCAGUUUAAACUUUAAUAAAACAUAAAAAGUUUCUACACAAUAAAUUUUUUACACAAGAAAGUAAUGUUUCCGAUUCGUUUAUGUAAAUAAAUUAUGUUUCAAGCAUUCAGGACAUGUUUUUUCAGAUGUGUAUACGAUAAUAGUUUUGACUACGUGUAAGUUGAACACCGGUGAUAGAGGUUAACUUUUAAAGUUUGUAGUUUCAACUAUCUAUUUUGUUAUGAUUUAAGUGAACAUCGUCAUAAUAAUGAAAAAACUGUUAUUUAAAUUAGGCCCAAUUUUUUGUUUACUUUUGAAUAUAAACAUAUAUUUUCGUGACAUUCUUGCAGAUACAGUAGCAAGCACAAAUGAGUUUCUAACUAUGGACGGACCAUACUUUGAUGAUAUUAGUCCACGAAACGUUACAGCCGUUGCCGACGACACAGUUGUAUUGAGGUGUAAGGUUAAAAAUAAAGGCAAUAAUACGGUAUCAUGGAUGCGUAAGCGUGAUCUGCGCAUAUUAACUUCAAAUGUUUACACAUAUACAAGCGAUGAGAGGUUCUCCGUAAUACACCCUGAAGGAAGUGAUGAUUGGGACCUAAAAAUUGAAUAUGGACAAACACAUGACAAUGGCAUAUACGAAUGUCAAGUCAACACUGAACCCAAAAUAAAUUUGGCAAUUGUACUCGAUAUCAUAGCUGCAAGAGCCAAGAUUUUGGGUUCGAAAGAAAUACAUGUAAAACUUGACAGUACAAUCUCCAUUUCCUGUGCAGUGAACAUACAUGCAACGUCAAUAUUGUGGUAUCAUGGUGAAUCACUAAUUGAUUUUGAUUCAUUAAGAGGCGGGAUCAGCUUGGAAACAGAAAAAAGUGAUAUAGGAACAACAAGUCGCCUCAUGUUAACUAGAGCAUCGAUGCGUGAUUCUGGGAACUAUACGUGUGCACCCCAGGGCUCUGUACCUGUUACAGUACGAGUUCAUGUUCUAACAGGUGAACAACCAGCAGCUAUGCAAACCAGUAACGGAGUUCUGAGUCUUUCCCACCUAGCUAACAUAACAAUAUGCACACUUUUAAUAACUGCAUGGCACUAUUCAGUCAUAUCACAUACAACUUCCAAGAGGUCAUCUUUUCCCAGACGGAGGUGAUUGCUCUCUUCUGAUUUUUUCACUACAUACGAAAUUAUCACUGAUUGUACAUACGAGUGUAAAUAGCGAUUCCACCAAAUUUGUUUCAUUUUUGAAUCAGCAGCAAGAACAACUAAGCUAAUGAUAAACUCAUAAACCUAUUAGCGCUUCUGCACCCAUACACAAUAAAAGAUAGUGAUUUUAUUGUCAAAAAACAAUUAAUAAAAAUUAAAAAAUCAUAAUCUGUCAUUAUUCGCUCUAAAACUUAUGUUCGUAAUAUUUAAUAUUUACAUUAGACAUAGCAGUUUAAUCCAGUUUUAAUUAUUUAAGUAUUACUUAAUGCAUAAAGGAUAAUAAAGUAAUAGCAAAA